UGAACAAUACAAUAAUAACAUAAAUUAUAAUAAAAUAAUAAAUGAAUAUCAUAAGCUUGUAGCAAAAGAUUUUCUAAAUGUUUUUAAUGAUGAUGUAAUAGACAUACAUACUAAUGAAAUCUAUUAUUAUGAAAAAUAUAUAUGAGAGUAUUGCAUCUCUGGUAUUACACAUUAAAAAGUUAAAUAGUUCCAAGAAGUACAGUUUACUGUCGCUAGUAUCGACUUGAAAUUUGACAGAUAAAUCACACCACGUGUUUCAACUAAAUAUUUUUUGUAAUAAUGGUUUAUUAUUUUACAAGUGAAGUUGUACAACCAUCGGUAACAUUAUUUAUGGGAGUCGACCAAUAUGAAAAUGAUGACCUCAUAAAGUGGGGUUGGCCAGAAGAUGUUUGGUUUCAUGUUGACAAAUAUUCUUCAGCGCAUGUAUAUCUUCGACUUCGCCUUGGUCAAACAAUAGAUGACAUACCUAGCGUAGUUUUAGAAGAUGCAGCACAAUUAGUGAAAGCAAAUAGUAUUGAAGGAAAUAAAAUAAAUGAUAUUGAUGUAGUAUACACAAUGUGGUCCAAUCUGAAAAAAACACCAGGUAUGGAAAUAGGACAAGUUGGUUUUCAUAAAGAUAAGGAUGUUCGUAAAAUUCGUGUUGCAAAACGAAUAAAUACUAUUGUUAAUCGAUUGAAUAAAACUAAACGUUCAGAACAAGUAAAUUUAAGAUCAGAAAGAGAGCAACGGGACAGAAAUGAACGGGAAGAUAAAAAGAGACUUUUGAGAGAGCAAAAGGAAAGAGAAAAGGCAGAAGAAAAACGAAGAAAGGAAGAAGCGGAAAUGAGAAGUUAUAAUUCUUUAUUUAAUACAUCUAAUAUGACAUCAAAUGUAGAAAAUAGUGGAUAUGAUUCAGAUGAUUUUAUGUGAUGAAAUUAUUAAUAUUAUUUGUAAUUUGAUUGCCUACUCACCAUAGUUUGGAAUAAUAGAUGAAUAUAUUUAAAACAAAAA